CUGGAGGGAUACGACAACCGUAUCCUGCUGGUGGCCAAGACAGCAGAAACUUCUGGAAUAUUGCUGAACCAGAGGCCAUUAGGGAGUGUGGCGUGGGAGCCAAUCCCUGGGACAGAAUAUUCAUGGGUUGGGAUAAAUCUGGGAAGCGGAUUUGGAAUCCAUCGUGUGGAGCAUGAGACAGCAGCAUUUGGGGUGUGGAACGUCGGGAUGGGACAGGGGAAGCGCUAUGGAGCAGAGGGAGCUUGCGACAGUGACCCCUGCCGGCGGGUGCAGUGCCGCCCUAAGGAGAGCUGUCACCUGGACAAGGGCACGCCCACCUGCCGCCACGACUACCUGGGCACCUGCACAGGCUCCCCAUCCCUGCAGUACCACACCUUUGAUGGGGCUUCUGUGUCCCCCCGUGGUGGCUGCAGGUACACCCUGGCCAGGUACUGCGGGGCUGACCCCACCCUGGAGCCUUUCACCGUGGAGGAGCAGAGGAGCCAGGACCACUCCAAGAAGCCGUUGGCCAAUGUCUACGUCUACGCCUACAAUGUCACCAUCCAUGCUGGUGAGGACAAGGCUGUUCAGGUUAACAACAAACCCACCGACCUUCCAGCCACCUUGGAAGAUGGAAAAGUCCAGAUUUUCCAAAAUGAGGGUCGGACCAUCCUCCAGACGGAUUUUGGGCUGCAGGUGACCUAUGAUGAGGACCAGGUUAUCAUGGUGGCAGUGCCCAGCAGCUAUUUUGGGGCCAGCUGUGGCCUCUGUGGCAACUUCAAUGAGGAUACAGACGAUGAAGCCAUGGUUCCCAAUGGUAUUCCUGGUGAAGGUGGUGAGGAUUGGGCAGAAAGCUGGAGAGAUCCUUCAUGCCUGGAAGAUUGUGGAGACCAGGAGACUUCACAGGGCACAGAGGGGUGUGGAAUCAAGGCAACCGACAAUCCCAGCACCACCGCCUCUGCUUGUUUCCACAACAAUCGCUCCUACAAGCUUCAUGAGGAAUUUUGGGAAGAUGGGAGCUGCCAGAAGCGGUGCCGGUGUGAGGGUUCAGGGACAGUGACUUGUAAGGCAGGAGGAUGUAGAUCCCAUGAGAAGUGUGUCAUGGUUAAUGGCAUUGCCAGGUGUACACCCAACAAGCACUACACCUGCAUCGGGACAGGUGACCCACACUACACCACCUUUGACGGACUGAGGUUUGACUUCCAAGGCUCCUGCAUCUACCAGUUUGCUGCCCUCUGCACCCUCAAGCCCACCCUGGUCCCCUUCAAUGUCACCGUGGAAAACAACCACCGUGGCAGCCGUGCCGUGUCCUUCACCAAGACCGUCAACCUGGAGGUCUACGGGAGUGUCAUCAGCAUGAGCCAGGAGCACCCACGCAAGGUCAAGGUGGACGGCGCCUUUGUGUCCCUUCCCUUCACCCACCCCCAUUUUUCUGUGUUCUACCGCGGCGUCCACGGCUUUGUCGCCACCGACUUUGGUGUCACUGUCACCUUUGACUGGUACAGCUACGCCCGUGUCCUCCUCCCCACCACCUACCAAGGUGCCGUUUGCGGCCUCUGUGGCAACGCCAAUGGUGACCCUGAUGACGACUUUGUCACCCCUGGUGGCCACCGCGCCUCCGAUGAGACCCGGCUGGGUGACAGCUGGAAGGUGGGGGACGUCCCCGGGUGCUCAGCUGGCUGUGGCGCGGAGUGCCCGCUGUGUGAUGCAGUCAAGGUGCAGCCGUACCGCGGGGACAGGUACUGUGGGGUGAUCGCCCGAGCAGAGGGACCCUUCCGGGAGUGUCACCGUGUCAUCAACCCGGAGCCGUUCCUGCAGGACUGUGCUUUCGAUGCCUGUCACUACAAGGGACACCGCGACACUGUGUGCCAGGGCGUCUCUGCCUAUGUCACUGCCUGUCAGAAUCACGGAGUGGCCGUGGAGACAUGGAGGACAGCAGAGUUCUGCACUCUUUCCUGCCCCCCUCACUCCCACUAUGAGCUCUGUGGAAGCCCCUGCCAGCCCACCUGCAACACCCCCUCCGUCCCCACCUCCUGUCCUGCAUCUCCUUGCUCCGAGGGCUGUUUCUGCGACACCGGUUAUAUCCUCAGCGGCUCGGACUGUGUUCCUGAGUCUGAGUGUGGCUGUGAGUACCUUGGUCGCUACUACGAGAAGGACACGGAGUUUUACCCCUCAUGCCGGGAACGCUGCCGCUGUGGUGCCAAUGGCACAGUGACCUGCCAGGAGGCGUUCUGUGGCGCCCACGAGGAGUGCCGGGUGGAAGAUGGGGUGUUGGGAUGUCACCCCACUGGUUACGGCCGGUUGGUCGUGUCAGGAGACCCCCACUAUGUCACCUUUGAUGGACGCACCUUCAAUGUCCCGGGAUCCUGCACCUACAUCCUGGCACGGGUGUGUGAGCCGGCCCGACGGUUGGUCAACUUCACGGUGUUGGUGGAGCAUGAGGCAGGCAGCCACGGCGACCCAGUGCUGAUGAAGAGGGUGGUGGUAUCCAUCCAUGGCUACACCGUCACCAUGGAGCGGGGACGGAGGUGGGAGGUGACGGUGGACUCGGAGCGCUACACCCUCCCACUGGUGACAGAGGACAAGAACCUCCGCAUUGGCCAAGAGGGGAAUAACAUCAUCCUCCACACUGCCGCAGGAGUCCGCAUCCUCUACAACACAGCCACCUUCCUCCUCAUCACCGUCCCCGACGUCUACCGCGGCCGGCUGUGCGGCUUGGGCGGUGACUAUGAUGGGGACCCCAGUGAUGACUUCCGGCUGCCCAGCGGGGCCCUGGCAGGAACCACCCAGGAAUUUGUCACCUCCUGGAAGGUUCCAGAGAAGAACAGAGCAUGCAGUGACGGCUGUGAUGACAACACGUGCAGCAGGUGUGAUGUCCCCAACGAGGAGACGUACGGCAGGAACGGAUCCUGCGGGAUCAUCCGUGACGCGGAAGGGCCAUUCCGGGAGUGCCACCCACGUGUCAGCCCCGUGGAGUAUUUCACCCACUGUGUCCAUGACGUUUGUGCUGCCAGAGGGGACCACGCUGCCUUGUGCCACGCACUGCAGGCGUACGCCGCCGCCUGCCAAGCCGCUGGCGCGAUGAUCAGAGCGUGGAGGACAAAGGAGUUCUGCCCCCUGUCCUGCCCCCCAAACAGCCACUACGAGCUCUGCACCCGCACCUGUGACCUCACCUGUGCUGCUCUCGUGGGCCCCGCCCCCUGCACCUGGGGGUGCUUUGAGGGGUGUCAGUGUGACGAGGGGUUCGUCUUCGACGGGGACACCUGCGUGUCACCUGAGCGCUGCGGCUGCCUCCACAGGGGACGCUACCUCAAGGCAGGUGAGACUGUCACCUUCAACAACUGCUCCAAGGAAUGCCACUGUCACCCAUCACGGGGACUGGUGUGCCAGGACAAGCAGUGUCCCCAGAACCAGGUGUGCAUCACCCGUGACGGGGAACAGGUGUGUGCCAGGAGGGAAGGCCACUGCUGGGUCACGCCUGGAGCCACCUUGACCACCUUCGAUGGUGCCACCGGGCCCCUGUUGGCCAGUGGCACCUACAAGGUGUCAGCCCUCUGCGAUGAGAAAGCCCCGGAUUGGUUCAAGGUGGUGAUUGAGGUCAGCAACUGUCGUGACAUGAAUGUCCCUGCAGCCACGGCUGCCAUCGUCUUCGUCCGUGAGGGCGUUGUGAGCGUCAACAGCGACAUGGAGGUUUGGGUCAAUGGCCUCUUCACCCGGCCCCCCACCACCAUGUCUGACUCCAUCUUUGUGGCAUCAUCCCCUGAGAAUGUCACCAUCACCCACUGGUCUGGGAUGUCCAUCACCAUCACCCAGAAUGGAGACGCAACCAUCACCGUGACCUCUGGCCUGGCCUCCCGUCUCUGUGCCCCCUGUGGGAAUUUCAACGGAAGCCCCAGAGAUGACCUGAAGCUUCCAGAUGGACGUGAUGCCCGGAGCAUUGGAGAAGUGGUGGACAUGUGGAAAUCCCGGGAUUUUGCUGGGUGCCACAUCUACCACCAGACUCGUCAGGAAGUUGAUGCUCCUAUCUACCCCGUCCCAUAGGUGGAUCCACCUAAAAUUCCCCCAAAUUUGGGAAAAUUCUGGAUUUUGCUUCAAAUCCAUGACAUUUUCCUGGAUUUUUUCCAAAUGGAUUAAUAUGUGGGGAUCCUCAUGUCCUGAUGUCCCAUCCAGCCCCUGAAAACCAGAAAUAUAUUAAAUUCAGGUCAAAAAUAUCCAAAUCCCAGUGUCUUUUCCCAUAUAAAAAUGAUAUUGCUAAGGGCUGAUUUUGAUACAACAGUCAAUAAAUGCUUCUAAAGGCU